AUUUGACAGUCGCUCUAGUAUUUGGCUUUCUCACGCUGGCAACGCUGAUUGUUAUUUCUAUUUGUGUUUUGGAAAUUUGGAAAAUUGCGAAUAGUGAAUUGGCAUGUGUUAUUUAUGUAUUUAUUAUUUUCAUAUGAUGAACUCAGGUAAUUUUAUCGAUUAUUUUUAAUAACGACAGCUUUCGUCUUCGUUUACGAGUAGAAUUGUGGAAAUGAAUUUCAGCUAUACUGAACUUGACAUCCAAAUCAGCUGGGCAUUUGUCUCAAGUAUUGUAAACAGUGCAUCUGUGUUCGAAAAUGUAGAACUUUUAGUUUCAUUAUUUAUUUGAUUUUAUCCUUAGAUGUGGUGUAUUAUUGAAGCUCAUGCUAUUUCAGUUCCUGCUGUUUAUUUAGAUUGGUUUUCUGCAAUAAAAUACUAUUUAACUGUGGCUUGCAGUCCGCAAGAUGCGGCCAUUUGCUGACAGAUAUACAAGUUUUGUCGCAGAAAAAUAAUUGGUUGUCUGUGUGUAUUUUCGUGUAUCGGAAUUAAACUAUGUGUAUGUUCAAACGUUAAAGCUUUUGAAGCAUCGGAAGAUUAAAUGCUGGUGGAAACAAUAUGGUUUAUUUUUUUCUCUUAAAACUUGUUAAGUGAUUUGAAAGAGGUUGCAUUGCUGAACAAGAAUUUUAGUGCUAUGUAGCAGAAAAAAAAGAAAGAUUUUAAUGUGUAAAAAGGAUGUCUGGUGAAGGAGAGGAUGUUGUUGAAAAUGAUAUUGAAUCGGAUGUUCAGCACACAAGACGAAGACCUCUUCUGCCUCGAACGAGUAAAGAUCCAUCAGAACCUACAGAACAGGAAACAGUUAUAAAUGCUGAAAAGCCUCUUAAUCAAAGAAGCAGCUAUAGAAUUACAAAACGUGCAAAAAGAGACACAAGUCCAAUAGAUUCUGUUGUGAAGAAAACAGUCAAUCCGAAGCAAACAACACCUGCUCCUGUGUCUAAAACUCGAAGACCAUGGGAAUUGUGGAGUGUCGAAGACAAAAAUUCAUUUUUUGAAGCUCUUUGUGAGUUUGGAAAAGACUUUGAAAAUAUACAAAGUUAUAUUGCACAGAAAGGCAAGAAGAAAGGUUUUGCAUCAAAUAUGAUUAAAAAUAAGGACCAAGUCAGACACUUUUAUUAUAGGACAUGGCACAAGAUAUCAAAAUUUUUACAAAUAAAUGAAAGCUUAAAUGAAAAGAAUCGACAAAAACUGAAUGAACUUGUUUUUAGUGGGGUUACAAUUGUCAAACACAAAGGUAAGAAACUGAGAAUUAAGACACCAGUGUGUCGGGCUUUGAAGAAACUGAAUGAUGUUUCAGACACAAAAGAGCCUGAAACUGAAAAAUUGCCAAAAGAAAUAAUUGUUGAAUUUCAGCCGCACACAAAUUCAGCUUUUUUACAAGUACAAAGCUUAGCACAAAAUCCUAGAGUAAGAACAAAAUUAUCUCUUCAGAAACGUUUAAAACCUGUGAUAGAAUUUUUGCAGCAGAGAUGGAAACCUUAUAGACUGAAAAGGAAGGAGCAAAUUUUAGCUAGUCUUCCUUGUCUUGCAUCUCAAGAAACAUGUGAUAAUGAUUCUCCACCAGUACUCCGAGUCAAGCCCCCCAGAGAUGCUAAGAUUUUUCCUCUCUCACUGUCUGUCAUGGAUGUAGCUUCAAGCUCAGAUGUGUGCCUUGAAAAAUUUAUUAAGCUUUCUCAUAAUACUGUUCGUAAAGACACUACUAAGUCGAAAAAAUCUUUAUGUCUAAAUCAAAAAAUUUUGAACGAUAAGCAGAAUGAAAUUUGUGAAACAGCAACCGACAAAUCUGAAGCCGUUUUAGAUGUUGCUCUUGAUUGUAAUGAUAAUACCCCCUCGGACAUGCAAGACAUGUUUUUAAAAUCUUUAAACCGAAAUAACUCUGAUGAUGGUGGAUACUUUAAUGUUUUAACUCCUCCAAAAUCAGUUCCCGAGGAAGUAUCAAAUGAGACGCAAGGUGAAAUUCCAAAUCCUCUCCCAUCUUUUUCUUCUAUAUUAGAGUCAACUAAUAAAAAAUUGUCUAAUAAUAAUAAUAAUAAUGAGUAUGAUCAUAUUGAAAAAUAUGAAGAGAAACUGAAUAAUCUUUCUACUGAUAGUUUACGGCCAAAUGAAGAUAAGUUGGCAACAUUUUCUGAAGAUACCCUAUCUUCCAAGAAGUCUGAGAGUGAAAAAGACAUCCUUUGUCAGAAUAUUUCUGAAAAUGCCAAUUUUGGUGAUGCUUCUAGUUCUAAGGCAAGUCAAUUGUUUUCUGAAGCUUGUCAAAAGAAUGAUUUGCCUCUUGAUUCAUCUCAAACUAUCAACGUAGAAGAGCAGGCUGAAAGUGAUAGUAUUUAUUAUAAAACUAUCAAAAAUGGUUGGACCACAGAAGAUGCUGGUUAUUUGACAUUUGGGGAAAUAUAUUUGUUGCUUGGAAAACCAGCAAAAAUUGUCCUUGAAUAUGAGUUUGAACCUCCAGAAGCAAUAUUCAGUCAAUAUGAGAAAGAUACAGAUACAUCACAACGCACUGCUUCAGAAAUGAACAUCAUGCUUAAUAAAUUGUGUGAAAUGGCACAAGUGUACUUCACCGAUUCUAAAAGCAAACAGAUACUAAACAAACAGCAUGGCCGCAGCUCCAAGUCUUCUAAAGUAAAAUUACCACUCAUAAAUGAAAAAGUAAAAGAUUUUGCUCAAGAUCAGCUUCACAAAUCUCCAUCUUCUUCAAUAUCUGUAAAUUCAGAGCCAAUAAUUGUAAAGAAAGAAAUUACUCCUUGCAAAGAUACUGUAUCUUUAAAGAGUUCCAUCAAUUCACCCAUUGGAGCCAAUGCUGGACUAGACAAGCAUGUGUUUAUACGACCUGUUGGUACUGCUCCUCGAAAUAUAAAACCUGCUGAUCAAAACUCUCUAAAAGAAGAAAUAGGGAAGCUACUCCCAAGCACUCGAAGAGGAUGUAGAGUGCGUAGAAAGCCGCUUGUUGUCCAGAGACCUUUGCUGCCUCGAGAAGGAAUGGGGGUGUUGUCUGGAUCCAGACCUAUGACUUUAGUUCACCUUGUGCCUUCUGUUUCUUCAUUAUCUCCUGUCAUAUCUACUAACUGUACACAAUCAGAAAAAUUGAAUGUGCCACCUGCUAAGAAAAUCAUGAAACUCAUCCCUUCUGGGCCAUCUUUGGAUAUCCAACCCAUUCAAGUUCCUGUCAUCAGCCAAGUGCAAUCUGAUUCAGUUCAAAAUUUAGUGAUACAACAAAAUGCAGUAUCACAGCAUGUGAUUUUAAAUUCUACCUCCAGAAAUUCAUUGCAAAUUCUAAGUGAUCGCAAUGCAAACCAAUGUCUAAACUCUGUGCAUCCUGUUGUUUCUUCUGCAAAUACGGUGGAUAGUAUGGCUGAUGUAUUAUCAUUAGAAAAUAACUCAUUUACUUCUGGAGGGUUGCCAUCUCCUACAAGUCUGGAUGUACUAAAUUUUGAUUUGUUAGUCGACUCUCAUCAUAAUUCAGCUCCUGAUGAAAAUUUUAUAACCAUGUCACCUGUUAAUGAGUAUCAUUCUUCUGAACAAUCAGAUUCUUUAUCAACUAUAAGUGCAAUACCAGAUACUACAUUUUUGGAAGAAUUGGGAUUUUCUACAAAAAGACCUUUGUUUGAUUCUUCACUUGGCUCAUCAUCAACAUUUAAUGAAGACUCACUUUCUUCAAAACCACUAUCAACUCCUCCUGGAAGUCCCACACAUCAACCAUUUAUCAUGGAUUCACCAGAUAGGCAGUGGUUGAAUGGCGAGGGUCCAGAUAUGUCUCUGAAUACUUUCUUAAACUCAAUAGAAUCUCCAAUUAAAGUUAUGUCAACUUCCACAUCUUCUAGUUUUACAGAAAAUUCUAAUUUUGAUCAAAUUGCCAGAUUAGCUCCUGUGGUUGAUUCUCAAGUCCGUUGUUUACUUGAUGAAUGCAGCAUUGAUUUCAUUGCAAAAUUUGAAGAUCUUGCUGAUGUGAUAAAUAACUCAUCAAGUAAUGAUGGCAAACAAACUUGAACACAUCUGUAACUGUGCAUUAUCAUGUUGUAAAAUUUGCUAAAGUCAUCCAUUGAAAGAUCUAGUUUUUUCAUAAUUCUAUGAAGGUUUUAAUUUUUUUAAAACAGUACUUUUUUAUGUGACUUCAUUUAAGUGUGCAAGCAUUUAUACUAAAGAAUAACAAUGCAACUCAUACUUGUAUUCAUAUUUGUACAUUGAGAAGUUAGUAUCAGUGUUGAAUAAAAAAACUAUUGUACUACAAAGUACUGUACAAUUGACGUGCAAUCCAAAAUAAAUGUAUAAAACUGUAUGAUCUUUUAUGUCUGGAUAUAUUUUUAUUGGCCAGAUUAAACUGUAUGAUUUCUUGUAAAGGUUAUAUGUUUAAUCAUUGACUGACAUCGUAUAUUAACAUCUCAAUACCGACUAUUGUUAAGAUGACAGGUUUUUUUCAACUUUAUUUUUUACCGGGAAUAAAAAUCCAUUUUGCAAUAAUAAAAAUUCAUGAAGGCAAUUUCAAAAAUUAUCAAACAUUGGGAUGUCAAAAUACUUUGAUACCAGUUAUGGGUUAAAGUAGGCAUGUAUUUUAUUUUUCUGGUAUAUAAAAUAUACAUAAUUUUGUAUAAAAUGUCAGCAGAGAAAAAAUUUGCUAUUAACAUUAUGUUAAAAUAUUUUAUACGUAUCCUAAGUUAUGUUAUAUUCUGAAAUUUCUUCUGAAACAUUUUUUUUUAUUAGUUUUUUUCCUAGAAUUCAAAUACAGAUACUAAAUUUUGUUUAUCAUUGCUUUUAAGCCUUGUGAACUGUACUUAUGAAUAUUAUUUUAUGCUUAUAAAUUUUUUAAGUUACUAUACAAAAUAUUAUUUUUCUUUUGUUACCAUCGUAUAUUAACAUCCCAAUACCUACUGUUGUUAAGAUAACAGGUUUUUUCACUAAUAUUUUUUAUCGAGAAUAAAAUUUCAUUUUGCAAUAAUAAAAGUUCGUGAGCAAUUUGAAAAAUUAUCAAACAUUGGGAUGUCAAAAUACUUUGAUACCAGUUAUGAGUUAAAGUAGGCAUGUAUUUUAUUUUUCUGGUAUAUACAAAUUAUAAAACAAUAAUAUACAUAGUUUUGUAAAAAAUGUCAAAGAAAAAAUUUACUAUUAACAUUAUGUUAAAAUAUUUUACACAUAUCCUAAGUUAUGUUAGAUUUUGAAACAUUUUUAUUUUGUGUUCAUUAGUUUUAUUCUUUGAAUUAAAAUACGGAAUACAAAAUAUUUAUCAUUGGUUUAAAUCCUUGUGAACUGUAAUUAUGAAUAUUAUUAAAUUUUUAUAAAGUUUAAGUCAGUAUACAAAAUAUUAUUUAUCUUUCGUUACCAUCGUAUAUUAACAUCCCAAUACCUACUGUUGUUAAGAUAACAGGUUUUUUCACCUACAUUUUUUACUGGGAAUAAAAAUUCACUUUGCAAUAAUAAAAAUUCAUGAAGGCAAUUUGAAAAAUUAUCAAACAUUGGGAUGUCAAAAUACUUUGAUACCAGUUAUGGGUUAAAGUAGGCAUGUAUUUUAUUUUUCUGGUAUAUACAAAUUAUAAAACAAUAUACAUAGUUUUGUAUAAAAUGUCAAAGAAAAAAUUUACUAUUAACAUUAUGUUAAAAUAUUUUAUAUGUAUCCUAAGUUAUGUUAUAUUCUGAAAUUUCUUCUGCAACAUUUUUUAUUUUUGUUUAUUAGUUUUAUUCCUUGAAUUUAUAUACAGAUACAAAAUAUUGUUUAUCAUUGGUUUUAAGCCUUGUGAACUGUAUUUAUGAAUAUUAUUUAAUUCUUAUAAAUUUUAAGUUAGUAUACAAAAUAUUAUUUAUCUUUCGUUAACAUCCCAAUACCUACUGUUGUUAAGAUAACAGGUUUUUUCACCUAUAUUUUUUAUCGAGAAUAAAAAUUCAGUUUGCAAUAAUAAAAGUUCAUGAAAGCAAUUUGAAAAAUUAUCUAACAUUGGGAUGUCAAAAUACUUUGAUACCAGUUAUGGGUUAAAGUAGGCAUGUAUUUUAUUUUUCUGGUAUAUAGAAAUUAUAAAACAAUAAUAUACAUAGUUUUGUAUAAAAUGUCAAAGAAAAAAUUUACUAUUAACAUUAUGUUAAAAUAUUUUAUAUAUAUCCUAAGUUAUAUUCUGAAAUUUCUUCUGAAACGUUUUUAUUUUGUGUUCUUUAAUUUUAAUUCUUGAAUUUAAAUACAGGAUACAAAAUAUUGUUUAUCAUUGGUUUUAUUCCUUGUGAACUGUAUUUAUGAAUAUUAUAUUCUGAAAUUUCUUUUGUAUCAUUUUUUUUUUCAUUAGUUUUAUUCCUUGAAUUUAAAUACAGGAUUCAAAAUAUUAUUUAUCAUUGGUUUAAACCCUUGUGAACUGUAAUUAUGAAUAUUAUUUAAUUCUUAUAAAUUUUAAGUCAGUAUACAAAAUAUUAUUUAUCUUUAAUAUCAGUAUAAAAUUUAUGUUGAAAAAAUUUUUCCAACGAUUUGUUACUUAUUACUGUAAGAAAAAAAAUAUAUAAGUUAUUAAAAAGUUGUUAAGAAAUCCCAUUGUAUUUUAUUUUUAACAUGAAGUUUUAAAACCAUUACUAAUCACAAAUAAGGGUAAAUCUUAGACUGAGUAAAUUUCUUCUGAUAUGCAUUAAGUGCCAUCAGCAAGUAUAGCUAAUGGUUAAUAUGUUCAUAAAUUUAACUGAUAUAUGUAGAAGUUAUAAAAAGUGUUUUGAAUGUUGUAUAAAUGCAAUGCAUUUCAAAAAGAUAAAUCCAUUUAUAUAAAAACACAUUCUAAAGAAUGAGCUAUUUUGUUUUGUCAGUCCUAGAAGCAAAGGCAAAACAAGUAAAGAAUUUAUUUUUAUUAAAAAAUGUAGGACAAACUUUUAAGUGACUGGUCGCAAAUCAAGUUACCCAAGUUUACCAAAUUAUACAAAUUUAUGUAAUUAGCUCUAUAUCACCUAUGAAUAAAAAAAUAUUUUUAAUUUAUUGUUUUAUGAACAAUACCUAAAUUUGAAGGAAAAGAAAGUUUUUUUCUGCAUUUAUAUCACAUAAAAAAGCAGGUAUUUACUGAAAAGUAGUAAAUUCAAUAUUUUGAAUAUUUUAAAUAACACGUAGACAAACAGUUAAAAUAAACAUUUAUUUUUAAAAAGCUCAACAUUUCUGAAAAUAAUAUAGAAUUAUUUUCGUAAUAGGAGUUUUACAACUGCAAUUUUAAACUCAUUUAUUGUUUUUUCAUAAAUAUAGAACUCUUUUAAAAUGCAUCUAAAUUCUACAAAAAUACAGGAAGAAACAAUAUGUUUAUAUAAAUGCUGCAAAACAUCAAAUGCUUUAACAAUAAAUUCUUAGCCAGCAUUAUUACAAAUUUAUUUGUUACUAUCAUUUUAAGGGUAACUUUCAAAUGUAUCAGUUUAAUACAAUAGUAUGUGAUAUAUUAUAAUGCCUAUUAAAAUUACCUCUAAACUACAUCAGCAAACUAAGAAAUAGUAGAGCAAUGACAGAUAACCUGUUACACGAGUCACACACUAACUUUUACAAUAUCAUGAUGUAUAAAAUCAUGUUUCAAUCAUUUGUUAAAAAGUUAUUUAUUUUUAAAUUGUUCUUCUAAAAGUAAAUUUAAUAAAGAAAUUCUUUAAUUUUGAA